CGCUCCAGCGCGCGCACACACCUCGGACAUUCCCAUAGUGCCUCACGUGACACUCGGCCCGAACGUGCCCACCCUGCCCACACGCUCACGCACGCGUGCUCACACGCGCGCACACAACCUCCGGCCGCUUCCGAACUCCGCACUGACCCCCGGUCCUCCGCCCCGCAAAGGCGCCCAUUGACGGCGGCACACCUCCACUCAUUCACAGACACACACUACCCCCACAUGCCAGCCACAGCCACACAUUCAUAAACAGGGCAGGGAGAAGUACACACGCACCCCCUCGCUGCCUACUCGUUUGGGAGCCCUGAGUCAUUCCUGCCCCCCUCUCGGGGCUCCCCAUGUCCCUGAGUGCGGGCACAACGGGACAGGCUGGAGUCUCCUUUAGUGGCCCCCCGGUCCCCUAGGCCCCCUUGCCCGGUUUGCUGCCUCUGACACUCAGCCAAGGACUUCCUGUAGGUCCCAGGUCAGGGGCUGGCUGCGCCUGGACGGUUGCCACAGCCCCGGUGCAGUUAGGGAGGCACUUCCUUUUCCUGAACUCUGGGAUCCUGCGAGAGGAAGUUGGGCGGGGGCCGCCGAGGCCAGGCUGACUGGUGGGACUGGCCCUCCAGCAGCACUGGCCUUUCUUAGGAGCAAGCGACAGAGGCCUGGGAUGGGGAUCUUGGCGGCUGUCGAGGUAUCUGGGAAAACAGAGGUCUGGGGAGGAGACCAAGCUGAGCCGUCCAGCCAGGUUCUGGAUGGGCCGUGCCAGUGUUGGGCCAGCAGGCCUCCCCUCCACCCACUGGUCUUUCUGGGUUCUGGAAAGAGCCCUUCCCUGCUACUGUGGCUUCCUUGACCCUCUAUCAGUUGUCCCCAGCCUGCGCUCAUGCGGUCCAUCUGGUUCCAUCUCCUUCCCCUACACGCAGUGACAGCAGAGGGCAGAUGUAACCUUCUGGGGGAGAGCGUGUUGUGGAAUCUGGUCUCCCAGCUCCGUAGCUACCACAGGGUCCUCAGCCCAGCCUGGGGGAGUCGGGGACAAGCACCGGGUGGUCCUCUUCAUGCUCUUCCUGCUCUCUCAGGAGGCCCAGUGUGGGCCGAAGCCCUUACCAUGGAGUCCAUGUUUGAAGAUGACAUCAGCAUCCUGACCCAAGAAGCUUUAGGGCCCAGUGAGGUGUGGCUGGAUGGUCCCGGAGACGCCUCACUCGGAGGCGACAUGUGUUCUGCCUCCCAUUUUGCUCUCAUCACGGCCUAUGGAGACAUCAAGGAGCGGCUAGGGGGUCUGGAGAGAGAGAACGCCACCCUCCGCCGGCGCCUCAAAGUCUACGAGGUCAAGUACCCGCUGAUCACUGAUUUUGGAGAGGAGCAUGGCUUCCCUCUGUAUGAAAUCAAGGAUGGCUCCCUGCUGGAGGUAGAGAAGGUCAGUCUGCAGCAGCGGCUUAACCAGUUCCAACAUGAGUUGCAGAAGAAUAAGGAGCAGGAAGAACAGCUCGGGGAGAUGAUCCAGGCUUACGAGAAACUCUGUGUGGAGAAAAACGACUUGGAGACAGAGCUGGGGGAGAUGCGGGCCCUGGUAGAGACCCACUUGCGGCAGAUCUGUGGUCUGGAGCAGCAGCUGCAGCAGCAGCAAGGUCUCCGGGAAGCGGCCUUCCCCAGCCUGAGCCCCCCGCCUGCCCCCGCCACACCCUGUCCUGACCUGGACCUGCACUAUCUGGCUUUGAGAGGGGGACCUGCCUUGGGUCACGCAGGUUGGCCCGGCCCUGCUAGCGUCGAUGUGAGCGAGCUAGAGCGAAGGCAGCUGGAAGAGGCCCUGGAGGCCGCGCAGGGGGAGGCACGGGGGGCUCAGCUUCGGGAAGAGCAGCUCCAGGCGGAGUGUGAGAGGCUGCAGGGCGAGCUGAAGCAGCUGCAGGAGACGCGGGCCCAGGAUCUGGCCUCCAACCAGUCGGAAUGUGACAUGGCUUGGGUAAAGAGAGUCGGGGACGAUCAGGUGAACUUGGCGCUGGCCUACACGGAACUGACGGAGGAGCUGGGUCGGCUUCGGGAGUUGAGUUCCCUGCAGGGGAGGAUCUUGAGGACAUUGCUGCAAGAGCAGGCCCCCCGAAACGCAGGCCAAAGGCACUCGCCGCUGUCGCAGCGCCACUCCCCGGCCCCCGCGUGCCCCUCGCCCUCCCCGCCUAGGACGCUGGCCGAGCGCGCCUACGCCAAGCCGCCCAGCCACCACGCCAAGGCCGGCUUCCAGGGCCGCCGCAGCUACUCGGAGCUGGCGGAGGGCGCGGCCUAUGCCAGUGCCUCCCCCGCCUGGCUGCAGGCCGAGGCCGCCACGCUCCCCAAGCCCCGCGCCUACGGCGGUGAGCUCUACGGCCCCGGCAGGCCGCUCAGCCCGCGCCGCGCCUUCGAGGGCAUCCGCCUGCGCUUUGAGAAGCAGCCGUCGGAGGAGGAGGAGUGGGCCAUGCCCGCCAGCCCGCCCAGUCCCGAAGCGGGCACCAUCCGCUGCGCCUCAUUCUGUGCGGGCUUCCCCAUCCCGGAGUCACCUGCGGCCACCGCCUACGCCCACGCUGAGCACGCACAGUCCUGGCCAUCCAUCAAUCUACUGAUGGAGACGGUGGGCUCUGACAUCCGCAGCUGCCCCCUCUGCCAGCUGGGCUUCCCUGUUGGGUACCCAGACGAUGCCCUCAUCAAACACAUCGACUCCCACCUGGAGAACAGCAAGAUCUAGGGCGCCUCUCCCGCAACUGGCUGUUUCUCUGCUCUCUCAUCACCCCCCAAACACUCACUUUGAAUGCUGCAUGAAUCUCGUGGGGGGCCCCUGCCCCUUGCGGUCCCCAGAUACCUCCACUAGCUACCGAGUCGAUGUGUGCGUGCCGUCUUCCCUGGUCCAGGCACCACCCAGCUCUGGCUCUUUCCCGGAGGUUGACCGAGGCUCUCUCUAUCUUCCUGGUUUCCUCUGGGGAGUGGGGGUCUGGUCUGGGAUGGGGAGGACAAACCCUCCACCCCUCUCUCUCUCUCUCUGCCUUUCUGUUUUUCAACAAAGCUGGAUCCAAGAAGAAGUCUAGUGCUUGUGGAAGGGAGAGGAGGAGGGGUCAAGAGCCCUGGGAACCCCUUCCCAGUAUCCGUCUUUCCCGGGCAGUGUUCUUCCAGGGAAGACCUCUCGAGAGGGUCUCAGAGCCUGCCCUGCACACUGAUGCCAGCCCUCUGUCUCAUGCUCAACCAGCCUGGGGCUCGUGGUAGUGGGGAAGGAGGCAUCUUUUUUUUUCUCACUAGUCACUGCAGGCCAGCUCUGUUCUCCCCCUCUGCCCACCCUGGGGAACAGGGAAGGUGGCGGAGGGGUGGGAGGACCCUGCAGGCCUUCGAUGAUCCAGUCCAAAGGGGCUGCCUUGAGGCUGGGACUCCUGGGCCAUCACCCUCAGUCCGGGUGAUUGUCUGGCACCCUCGCAGGCCUGGGCCCUUCCAGAGUCCCUGGCACUAAGGUGCAGAUCAUCAAGGCCGAUGCCUCCAUGCUCCCCCACUGCAGCUCCUGACACCCUAGGUGCCCCGGAGCCCAGGUGUGACUCAGCCUGUGUUUGCUGGGUGGGUGUGAUCAGCCCCUCCCUCCCAGGCCAGAACCUGAGAAUGGGCCCUGGGUGCUGUGGAGAUCAACUUCAAAAGAGCUAAUCCCCUUCCCAUACCCACCCACCCACCCCUAUAUUCCCUCUGUGAAAUCUACCUCAGAGCCGUCCCCUCAGAAAGACAGGGGAGCGGGAGGCUGGGGCCCCAGGCUGAGGUGGGAGCCUCCUGAGGGAGCCUGCUGCCCACUAUGAAUCCACCCCUCACGUUGAGCCUCCCUGGGGCCUUGGCCAGCCGGUGGCAGUGAGAACCACUGUCCACCGCGUGUACCAUUCUGAUCCAAAUCUUCCAGGCCCUCUCCCCACACCCCUCCUUCCUCUGUGCAGGGGGUGAGGGGUGUGUCAGCAGGGAAGGGGCAAGGACUCCAGAGACACAUCAUUGUACCCUGAGUGUUCCCCAGGGAGGGGACAUGGGGAAAGGGGCCUGUGGAGGGGAGAGAGGACCUUGUGUUCUCUGAACAAGUUCAAAGUCCAAAUAAAACUUACCUGUUCCAUCUG